UUCCCGCCCUCCUCUCCUCGCUGUACGUAAACGUCGUAACGGUGGAGAUGGGGAACAUGACACCUCCAAAACAGAGUGCUGCUUUAUAAAUCACCAAACAGAUAGUUCAGCCUAUUCAUUGAAGUUUCGUACCAGCUGAAUAAGCGGGCGCUAUGGAGGAGCCGUGGGACUUUGAGUUUUUGUCCCGAAUUGCUGACAGCUGCUUAUCGUUUCUCUCUGAAUUUGUGGACGACUGGCUAGCCAACGACAUGAGAGUAUCCAUAUUCAAAAUACUCCUCAGCUGGUUGAUUUUUAGUCUCAUCGCCAUUCACUUCGCGUGGAAAGUCUACGGGAAUACAGUGAACGAUAUGUAUUACAGACAAGGGACUGGACAGAACGGAGGCACACCUGAUACAGCUCCACACACGAGCGGAUGGUAGGUGUCCGAUUAUGGAGUCAUGUGACUUGAAGCAGGGAAGAUAAAGCAGGGGAUGGUCCGAAGAUUCAUCGGGAUUAACGGGACCUUGAUCUUUGGACUUUAUCCAAGUGAGGGCUGGACAGUUUGCAGACACCAAAUGCACACAAGUUUGUUUUGUUUUAAUAAUAAAGCAUCAUCUUGUGUGCAAUGAAGAUGAUGUCAAGACAGCUUGACCUUCUACCAGUCACUUGACCCUGCAUCUCAACAGUGUCACAGUGAUGUCCACUGUUUAUGCAGUGCUGAUAUUGGUCAGUUAUUGUGCAUAAAGAACUAAAAGGAUUUGUUUAAUUGGUCACUUGGUGGUUUAAUGCUACGUACCUGAUUCAAGAUGGUAUUUGAUUUGAAGAGCAUGUGAAAGGAAAAAAAAAAAUCAGCAUUUUUCAAGUAAUGACACACAGAAUCGUGUGUGUGUGUAUAUAUGUAUAUAUUUUUUGUAAUAUAUAGAUACACAUAUAUAGGACUAAUUUGCUCCAGCAUUGCAUUGAGUGUUGUGUGUGUGUGUGUGUGUGUGUGUGAAUAUUUAUGAUUCAAACCAUUCUUUGCUGUGGACAGUGUGAUUUUUUUUUUUUUUUUUUUUCUCUGCUGUAUUAUAAAUGGUCAUCUAUGGUAACUUUGAAAUCAGGCACAGUAAAAGCAGUUCUUGUUUUAUAGCUUCAUUUUUAAAAAUGUUAACAGCCACUGUGUUUCAUAUUUAAAAGGUGCAUUGCACACUCAUGAUGAAAGUGUCCACCACCUUUUGACUUUUUACCUUAUUAACAUUGCCUCAAUGUAAAAUAAUCAUUGAAAACCAUCCAAACAGAGAGCAAAUUACAGCACAACUUAAACGAUUUCACAAAUACAUUUACAUUAUUUAAAGUCUAUGCUAAAUGGUCAAAAGGAGUUUAAAUCUUAUCUUGGCAAAAGAUCACAUUUAUAAGGAAUUUGUAAUUAAGCUCAAAACUUAAGGGCAGUGGAGGAAUACAUUCUUCAUGAAAGCCAAAGUUAUCCAGUUCUGUACCAAUAUGAAUUGUUUGGUGACAAGUAAACAAAAGUAAUGAUCACCUCUGGAAGAAUUAGUGUAUGUAUUAAAGAAUACAUAAAGGACUUUUGCUGUCACACUGGUCGUUGAUCAUAAGACAAAGUGCACAUAACUGCUAUGUGUUCAGUAGUUUUAUGGCUACAAAGGGGGAAAAACACCAUAUCUGAGCUACACCACAUUUCAACAGGAUCCCACUAGUCCUACCAAGAAGCCUAAUGUGGAUUUUCACAAUUUUAAAAUAAUGUACAUAGUCCCUGUAAGAUGAACUGAUAGAGUAAUAUUGUAUUUCAGAUGCUUUUAAGUAGCCAAAGAAACCAACACCAAAGCUGUGCAAAUGACUUUUUUUUUUUUUUACAUUAAAUGUAUACACUUAAUCUAUAUAUAAAUACAUAAUUGAACAUA